AUGGCGCAACCAUUCAGUUUUGGCUUUUCAGGCGACGAUAUAGAGGUUGAUGCCGAUGUAGACCAGGGUGCCCCUGCCGUGGCUCCCACGGCCGCAGCCGCCUCUGCACAGCCUCAUGUUCCAGCCCAGACCCAUAGUGUGGCCGAGUUGCUGCAAAGCCUACCGGACAAGAUAUCCUAUGCAACCCAGGAAGUCGAGGCGCCGAGCGGCAAGAAGCUCAGCCUACCGCGCCGCGAGCUCUUCGACGUCCGCGUGCAGCUGAUGGCGGAAGACGAUGGUUCCGACCCAGAGCCCAUGACCGGCUUGGACGAAUCCGACAUCCGGACCAACGUCUACGAAGGCGGCUUCAAGACGUGGGAAUGCUCCAUCGACCUCGCAAAACUUCUCCUCGAUCGCGGUCCGCGCAAAGACCUCGACGACCUCUGCCGCGUCGACCAUGUCAUCGAGCUGGGCUGCGGCACCGCCAUCCCCACCCUCGUCCUCUUCCACUACGCCCUCACCCAAUCCCUCCCCCUCUACUUCACCCUCGCCGACUACAACGCCUCCGUCCUGCGCCUCGUCACCCUCCCCAACCUCAUCCUGACCUGGGCCUCGACCCUCCCCGCCGACUCGCCGCUCUUCACUCCCGAAACCCCCAACCCGUUCCACAACGACGAUGGCGAGGGCCACGGCGACCUCUACCUCACCCCGGCCCUCCUCGCCGCCUUCCAGGACGCCCUCGCCGCCAACCCCCUCACCCUGACCCUCGUCUCCGGCUCCUGGGUCCCCGCCCCCUCCUUCCUCUCCCUCGUGCCGUCCUCGGACCAGAUGAACACGCUCAUCCUCGCCUCCGAGACCAUCUACAGCCCCGCCGCCCUGACCGCCUUCGCCGAUGCCUGCGUUGGCUUGCUGCGCAGGGUGCGCCUGGGCAAGGCCAUGGUGGCUGCCAAGCGCGUGUACUUUGGUGUCGGUGGCGGCGUCGAUGCGUUCAAGGAGGAGGCGGCGGCGAGGGGCGCGGUGGUGGCCGAGGUGGAGAAUAGUGGGGUGGAGAUGGGCGAGGGGACUGGGGUGCGGAGGUGUUUGUUGGAGGUGCAGAUGAUGUGA